AUGUCUCGCUACGCAGCAGCUCACACGAAGCCUCAGGGCCCAGGUGAUGCCCGUCCGACAGCCCUACAGAUUGUCAAAGACGAAGAACUCGAGGGAAAGCUUAAGGGAAAAGUGAUCGUGGUCACUGGGACGUCCUCCGGCAUCGGUAUAGAGACCGCCCGCGCCCUCGCUGCGACCGGGGCGACUCUCUACCUGACUGCUCGCGACCUCAAAAAGGCUCAAGACGCAUUAGUCGGGAUCCUUGAGGAAGGUCGGAUUGAGCUAGUUCAGCUGGACAACGCAUCUUUUGAUAGCGUACGUGCUGCUGCAUCGACUAUCCUUAGCAAGUCAAACGACCAGGUCAACAUCCUGGUCAACAAUUCCGGGAUCAUGGCUAUCCCAGACUUGCAGUUCACGAAGGACAAGCAUGAGUUGCAAUUCGGCACCAAUCACCUUUCUCAUUUCCUCCUCUUCCAGCUUCUGAAGCCCGCCUUGCUCGCAAGUUCGACUCCCAGCUUUCAUUCCAGAGUCGUUAACGUAUCCUCCAAUGCCCACUCUCAGGGUGGCAUCAAUGAGUCGGACAACUACAAUUAUGAGAAGGGAGGUUACCACCCCUGGGGCGCAUAUGCGCAGUCGAAGACCGCCAACAUCUACAUGGCUAACGAGAUCGAUCGUCGCUACGGAUCGAAGGGACUUCAUGCGACUUCUGUCCAUCCGGGAAUCAUCGGCACUGGGCUCACGGUUCACGUGCCCCCCGAAGCGUUUGCUGAAUUUGUAAAGAACCCAGACAUCGCCAACUCCAUCAAAAGUGUCGAGCAGGGUGCUGCUACGACUGUAUGGGCUGCCAUUGCCAAGGAAUGGGAGAACAAGGGCGGGAAAUACCUCGCUGACGUAGGGGUCCCUGGCGAGAAGAAGAAUCCCGUUCCGUCGGACCCCGGGUAUGUCGCACACGCCUAUGACCCCGAGAAAGAGGAAAGACUUUGGAAGGACUUCUUGAAGCUUGUAGACAUUCAGGAUGACGAAUAA